UCUCGUUCAAUUUCAUCUUUUUACAAACCGUGAACCUCUGCCAAUUUUUUUCAAUUCCCCUUCGUCUUUCCGGAAAUUCGACAACUCCCUCAUCACCCAACACCAACCGACAAAAUGACGAAGGUAAACUCAGGUAUCGCCAGCUCGCGACGAAAGUCGAGAAAGGCGCACUUCAGCGCCUCCUCCGGUGAGCGCCGUGUUAUCAUGAGCGCUCCCCUCAGCAAGGAGCUGCGUGAGAAGUACAAUGUCCGCAGCAUCCCCGUCCGAAAGGAUGACGAAGUCACCAUCGUCCGAGGCACCAACAAGGGCCGCGAGGGCAAGGUCACCUCUGUCUACCGUCUCAAGUACCAAAUCCACAUCGAGCGUGUCACCCGCGAGAAGGCCUCCGGCCAGAGCGUCCCCCUCGGCAUCCACCCCAGCAAGGUCGUCAUCACCAAGCUAAAGCUCGACAAGGACCGUGAGAACAUCCUAGAGCGCAUCAAGGUUGGCCGCGAGCUUCGAUCUAAGGGCAAGGCUGCUGCCAAAUAAACGAUGUCAUUCUCACAUACCUAACAAUCCAUCCACCACCUUUUCUACUUCGGUCUAUCAGCCUGGCGAAAGGGGAAGGAAGGAAAAUACCCAUUGGUAGCUUAACGAGCAACAGCAACAGUAGGAUCACAAAUUCCUUCUGCGAAACGUUGAUGAUU